AUGAGUGUGUUGAGGAAAGAUCCAAGUGAAGGGAAAAUCGAGAAGAACCAUUUGCUGUUCAAACAAGGCGAUAUAUAUUAUUGUAUGAUAUGCGAGUUCAGAGGGAAGAAGACGACUGCAUAUAACCAUUCAAAUACAGCACAUCUGGAGUAUAAAGGAGAUCGAAAAGUAUUGGACGCGUUUGCGAAUCUGUUCUGCGCGAAAAGAGGCUUGGACUUCUCCGUUGUUGACGCGCCGAAUGAGAUCAAACUGCGCGUAGAAGCGAAAGCACUGACGCAAGGAAUAGCAAAUAAUAUGUCGGAGGGAGGAAUCACAUUUGAUAAGGCAAAGGCGAUCAUGGAGAUAUUAGAAACAGUGAAAAAAUCGGUUGAAAAGAACGGGAUAAAGGUGUUGGAUAAAGUAAAGCUAAGCCAAUCGACUUUGAGGAGAGUCUCUGAUACUUCAAAUCCGUUAAAAGACUCAACGAAAAUGGAUAAGCCGGUAACACAACCAGUUGUUAAAAUAGAGGAGAAUAUCCCCUUUGACAAACUGAAUCUUAUUUAA